GACGUUAUCAAGCGGCGCCGCCCGCGGGGCGGGUUCCGAGCGCGACCGCGCAGCUAGCCGGCCCUGCGAGGAAAACGAAAGUGAGGGAGGAGGAGGUUGCAGGGCCAGCCUGGGCGGCGACAGUGGCGGCCUGGUCCCUCGUCUCCGCUCGCCGGCUACUCGCCCCAUCCCCUCAGCUAACAAUGAAGAGGAGAACUGACCCAGAAUGCACUGCCCCCCUCAAGAAACAGAAGCGAAUUGGGGAGCUUGCCCGGCACCUCAGCUCCACAUCUGACGAUGAACCUCUCUCCUCUGUCAAUCAUGCAGCAAAAGCAUCUGCUACAAGCCUCAGUGGAUCUGACAGUGAGACCGAGGGGAAGCAGCCCUGCUCUGAUGAUUUCAAAGAUGCCUUCAAAGCAGAUUCCCUUGUGGAGGGAACAUCGUCCCGAUAUUCCAUGUAUAACAGUGUUUCCCAGAGGCUUAUGGCCAAGAUGGGCUUCAGGGAAGGCGAGGGAUUGGGUAAAUACAGCCAGGGUCGGAAGGACAUCGUGGAGACCUCCAAUCAGAAAGGUCGACGUGGUUUGGGUCUGACGCUGCAGGGCUUCGAUCAGGAGCUGAAUGUGGACUGGCGAGAUGAGCCGGAGCCCAAUGCCUGUGAGCAAGUGUCGUGGUUUCCAGAAUGUACCACUGAAAUUCCUGACUCUCGGGAAAUGAGUGACUGGAUGGUCGUAGGAAAGAGAAAGAUGGUUAUUGAAGAUGAAACAGAGUUCUGUGGGGAAGAGCUGCUUCACAGCAUGCUCAAGUGUAAGAGUGUGUUUGACAUCCUGGAUGGGGAGGAGAUGCGGCGAGCGCGCACCAGAGCCAAUCCCUAUGAGAUGAUCCGAGGCGUCUUCUUCCUAAACAGGGCAGCAAUGAAGAUGGCUAACAUGGAUUUUGUGUUUGAUCGUAUGUUCACAAAUCCCCUGGACUCUUCUGGGAAGCCACUGCUGAAGGAGUCGGACAUUGACCUUCUCUACUUUGCUGAUGUGUGUGCAGGCCCGGGAGGCUUCUCCGAGUACGUGCUGUGGAGGAAGAAGUGGCACGCAAAGGGCUUUGGGAUGACGCUCAAGGGCCCCAACGACUUCAAGCUGGAGGACUUCUACUCGGCCUCCAGCGAGCUCUUCGAGCCCUACUAUGGUGAGGGUGGGGUCGAUGGAGAUGGAGAUAUCACCCGCCCAGAGAACAUCAAUGCAUUUCGGAAUUUUGUCCUGGACAACACAGAUCGCAAGGGCGUCCACUUUGUGAUGGCAGAUGGGGGCUUCUCUGUGGAGGGGCAGGAGAACCUGCAGGAGAUCCUCAGCAAGCAGCUGCUGCUGUGCCAGUUCCUCAUGGCCCUGUCUGUUGUCCGCACAGGAGGCCACUUUGUCUGCAAAACCUUUGACCUUUUUACACCGUUCAGUGUGGGCCUCAUUUACCUCCUGUACUGCUGCUUUGAACGCGUGUGUCUCUUCAAGCCUAUCACCAGCAGGCCUGCCAAUUCAGAGCGGUAUGUGGUGUGCAAAGGGCUGAAGGUGGGCAUAGAUGAUGUUCGGGAAUACCUCUUCUCCGUGAAUAUUAAACUCAACCAGCUUCGGAACACUGAGUCUGAUGUCAACCUGGUAGUUCCCUUGAUGGUGAUCAAAGGAGACCAUGAAUUUAAUGACUACAUGAUACGCUCUAAUGAGAGCUACUGCAGCCUACAGAUCAAAGCUCUGGCCAAGAUCCACGCCUUUGUGCAGGACACGACCCUGAGUGAGCCUAGGCAGGCAGAGAUCCGCAAAGAAUGCCUCCAGCUGUGGAAGAUCCCAGACCAGGCUCGAGUUGCUCCUUCCUCUUCAGACCCAAAAUUCAAGUUUUUUGAACUAAUCAAGGACACUGACAUCAAUAUCUUCAGCUACAAGCCCACACUGCUCACUGCCAAAACUCUGGAGAAGAUCCGUCCUGUGUUGGAGUAUCGUUGCAUGGUGUCUGGCAGCGAGCAGAAAUUCCUCCUGGGCUUGGGGAAGUCCCAGAUCUACACUUGGGAUGGCCGCCAGUCAGACCGUUGGGUGAAGCUGGACCUAAAGACAGAGCUGCCCCGGGACACACUGCUCUGUGUGGAGAUUGUGCAUGAACUGAAAGGGGAGGGGAAGGCCCAGCGGAAGAUCAGUGCAAUCCACAUCCUUGAUGUCCUGGUGCUGAAUGGCAGUGACGUCCGUGAGCAGCACUUCAACCAGCGAAUUCAGCUUGCUGAGAAAUUUGUGAAAGCAGUCUCUAAGCCCAGCCGGCCAGACAUGAAUCCUAUCAGGGUGAAGGAGGUGUAUCGGCUAGAAGAGAUGGAGAAGAUUUUUGUCAGGCUAGAGAUGAAGCUCAUCAAGGGCUCUGGUGGCACCCCAAAGCUCAGCUACACAGGACGCGACGACCGGCACUUUGUGCCCACAGGUGUCUACAUUGUCAGGACCGUAAAUGAGCCAUGGACCAUGGGAUUUAGCAAGAGCAAUAACAGGAAGUUCUUCUACAAUAAGAAAACCCAGAAGUCCGUCUAUGCUCUCCCUACAGAAUCCAUUGCCCCCUUUCAUACCUGCUACUACAGCCGGCUCUUCUGGGAGUGGGGAGAUGGCUUCCACAUGCGUGACUCCCAGAAGCCCCAGGAUCCAGACAAGCUGUCCAAGGAGGACGUCCUUUCCUUCAUCCAGAGUCACAAUCCUCUAGGCCCUUAGGGUUUCCACCUGAUGAAUGUCCUGUCAUUCUUAAGGCAGGGCCCAGUGUCUGGUUUCUUCUGCCUCUUGGAAAGGAACUGGGACUGUUCUCCCUGGUCGUAAGGGAGAUGGGCUCCUCCCCAUUCCCAAGGAGCUCUUUCGGGGCCUUAGGACACAGCUGUGAAACUCUGCUGUCUGAGAACUGGAGUCAACCUGAAAAGCAGCUGCUCAAGGGCAGGUCAGCGCUUAGGACUUGUCAGAGUCAUUCCCUCUGGAAUUUGUCGACUCAGUGUUCUGAGUUCCAUUUACUGCCCUCGAGAGCAAUCAGGCCAUUGUUUUGCCCCAUUUCUACUAGGCCACCCAAAUAUGAAGGCCCUCCAUCACAUGCUGGCCAGGAGCAGCUGUCAUACCAAUCAAAGUUGUUUCUUGUGGUCUUUUCUUCACCCCAAUCCUGGAGUUUGUCCUGGCAGGUCGGGAAGGAGUGUGGACCCAGUACCUUUCAAACAUCAGCGCUUUGGGUACUGGGUAUAAUUGCUCCUUGAGUUUCCACCUCUGGUAAGCACUGGGCAGCUCCAGGGGAAGAGCAGCCUAAAAACCUGCCCUUUGACUUCCUGUCUCAGCAGUAACAGAAAGUUACUCUAGCAGUCCAGGCCACCUGAAGCUCUUGGCAGAGUUCUGAGCUAGCAGUGGCUCUAGCUGCUCCUUCCUCUCCACUAGGAGGUACAUAGCGAUCUGCUUUGAUUUGUCUAUAGUCAGUCACUCCAUUUCCUGUCUCUGUAAGAGGGAGGAAUGGCAACAGCUUUGGGUUGGGGAGGGCAUCUGUGGUUGUUUCUAAUGGGAAAUCUCUUUCAAGAGAUGUUCAUGCAGGCUCCCUAGGGCCCCAUGCCAGUGCCAGACUGGUUUCCAUGGAGAUAGGGCACUGAGGCACCUGUGAGGUUGGAAUUGAUUCCACCAUGGGAGGUCCCUUCCACCAGCCCCCAACCCCAAUCCUAGCAGCAAGUGCUGGGAUGCCAUAUUUGCACCUAAUUCUGGGUCUAUCAGUGUGUCUUACAGAAUCUUGGAUCAUUAAACAUAUUUUUACUGCUCAUGUGGCUCUGUGCUGGGCUGCUGUUGUCCACAGUGCUGUGUAACUGAGGAAGGGGAGUGUUUGUGGAAGCCAAGCUUCUCCAGCUCCUGAGACUGCCAUCUGCUAGACAGGGAGCCCAAAGGCUUAUCAAAGUACAGUUCCGGUAUAAAGCAGAACUUGGGGGUGAAUGAGCUCACCACACAACUCACUGCAUGGCAUGGCAGCACUGUGGCAGUCCAGGAUCAGUCUGUGUGACUAACAUAGCAGAGGCUUCAGACCAAUUACUGUCACUAGACGAGACAGGAGAAAGGAUCUUCUGCUGACUCUGGCUAGCCGCCUCCACAAGAGGCCACAUUCUGCAUGAGCCCCAGGUGAGAAUUCCUUCACCUGAACAUCGCACAUGUUGGUGAGCUGCCUCCAGCCGAUUCUUCAUGUUUCACAGCCUGGCUUUACUUGGCAGGCUCCUGAAUGGAGCAGUGAGCAUUCUUUCUCCCUUAGGGCCCUCUACUGUGAGUGGAGCUAGGGGAGAAUCCUAGGGGCUGCUCCUGACUGACCACCUCCUCCUUCUCACCCCCACCCUACUCACUGGCUCUUGUCACCAUGUCAGUCUGGUCAUUGCCAGACUUGCUGGCCAUGGGCACCUGCAGGCCUCCCUGGCCCUGCCUGUCUCUGGAAGAGGAGAUGAUUCCGCAUACCCCUGGAACCUCCACUUCAAGCCCAGGCCACCUUUUCCCGUGCAUGCUGCAUUUUCUUCAGUGGUAAUAAUCACAGGCCAGGGCAGGCUGGAGCUGCGGGUGGCAGGCACAGAGCUUGCCCUCCCAGCUGCACAUCUCCCUUCCUCCUGAAUUGUACAUAAGAAUUUUGGAACAUCCCUUCAUCUUUGAAAUAAGAGUGCCUCCCUUGCUCACCCUCACCUUGUCAGCAGGAAAUAGUUGCCAGACAGCAGAGCCUGGGGCUCUUUAUUGCCCCUCUACUAAGCAGAAGGAAGCACUACCACGUCCUUCUAGUGGCUGGAGAUGGCUGACUCACAUAGUCCAGUAAGCAUAGAGCAGGGCGAAGACAGUGAAGAUGGCCACCGAGAGGAGCGUGUUCUUCCGGUUCUCAUGUCGAAGCAGCUUUAGCUCUUUCUCUGGGAGGAAAAAGAUGGAAACGAAACAGAACACUGGGGCUCACCUAGCUGCUUCUGCUUCUCAGAAUGGACAUUCUGAUGAAAAGAGGCGUCUCCUUCCAGGCACUGUCGCAUCCCAAAACCCGGCCCUGUCUUUCAUCUGCCCAGACCCUCAUAAUCCUAAGUUAGACUUAGACAUAAGGGCAGGCCUGACUUGCUCAACCACUCCUCUGUGAGUACAGUACGGUAUGUGUGAGGCUCUACCGUGCUCAUCCUUCAGGACAGCUGGGCCUCCUCGGGCUCACACUGCUCCUGAAUUCAGCUGCUCCAUUGGGUACAGGUUCUACCUUGCAAAGGCUAAACUGAUGUCCUGGCCACCACCUCUAGCUGUGCACUGGACUAAGAGGAGAACUGGCAGCCGGCUUUGGGCUGAGUAGAGGUGGGAUGGGACACAUCUGAAGAGCUCUCUGCAGACCACAGUUCUAGCCUCAGGGCAGAGGGUGCUGGGCUCUGCCUGGCUCUGCUUCCAGCACCCCAGAAGGUGGCAGCAUCGCUCCACCCACAGAAUGCCUUUCCUGCCCCGAGUAAGGACCAUCCUCUACCACACCCAGUCUAGGUUGUUCUGGUGGGGUGGGACAUGAGAUGCAGAAACCAGUGUCUGUAGAUGUGGGCCUUUUUCCUGAACAUGGCCCAGAUACCCCAAAGAAUACAGACCCCUUGUUACUGUUUCACUGCUUCCUCCUUUGGACAAAAGAAAAAAAAAAGAACCAUUUUCUUCCCAGGUGCCAGGACCAGGCUGGUGACAGGAGGGAACUUUCUUACCAUACUUGGAGGCUUUGUUCAUGAGGGUGUGUUUCUCCUUCUCCAGAGACCUCCUGUGGGGAAGGAGUUUACAGCUCAAGCCCUUUUUUUUUUUCUGUCUAAACCAGAGAAACAGUAAUAAUUCUUGUCUGUUUGAAUAAGGAAGUAAAAAACUUAGGGCACAGGAGUUGAAACUCUAAAGUUAGGGACCAUUCUGCCUUGGCUUAGAGGGUCAUUACCUGUCCUCAGGACUGAGCUCUGCCCUGUAAAGCUGGGAGGUCACGGCCUCCAGGUCCUUCCGACACCGGGACAGCUUUUCCUCUAGCCCGUCAAUCUGAAAUAGACAGAGGCACUGAGCUUUCCUGACACUGGCACCUCAGAGGGACUCACCUUUAGGGCCCCCACCCUGCCCAUGCACCCCAUGUCUGUACUGGACAGGGCACAGGUUGAGGGUGAAGCAGAACCCCAGGUUAGCUGUGUCUUGUAGGAACAGGGCACCAGUUGUUUCCACCAGAGCCUGGUACCCUGUAGCACUCCCCCUGUGGUGUGUACUCAAGGGAAAAAGCACUGCAGAGCCAGUCCCAGGUCCUGAGCACUCCUCGUGGCGUGGGAGGGGUUAAGUGUCAAGGGUUCUUCCUUGUAGAUAUCCUAACAGUGCAGUUUGUGUUGUCACAAGAGACAUUUUUCUGAGAAUCAAUAAAAAUUGGCGAAACAAUGCAACUUAAAACCA